GCCGCACGGAGUCUGACCUCGAGCUCCGCAGCCGCCUUUGCGCCCUGGCUCCUGAGCCCCCGGCGGGGCUGAAGGCGUUGCCGGCGGCCCAUGCUCCUGGAGGAAGUGUGCAGAUGGGAUUAACGUCUACGUGGAGAUAUGGAAGAGGACCGGGGAUUGGCACCGGAACCAUGGUGGGCUGGGGUCGCUUCAUCUGCCUGGUGGCGGUUACCAUGGCAACCGUGUCUCUGGCCCGGCCCUCCUUCAGUUUAGUUGAAGAUACCACGUUAGAGCCAGAAGAGACACCAUCCAAAUACCAAACCUCUCAAGCAGAAGUUUACGUGGCUGCGCCAGGGGAGUCUCUAGAGUUACGCUGCCCGUUGAAAGAUGCCGCCGUGAUCAGUUGGACUAAGGAUGGGGUACACUUGGGGCCCAACAAUAGGACAAUGCUUAUUGGGGAGUACUUGCAGAUAAAAGGCGCCACACCUAGAGACUCCGGCCUCUAUGCUUGUACUGCAGCUAGGACUGUAGACAGUGGAUCUUGGUACUUCAUGGUGAAUGUCACAGAUACCAUCUCAUCGGGAGACGAUGAAGACGACACUGAUGGCUCUGAAGAUUUUGUCAGUGACAACAGUAACAACAAAAGGGCCCCGUACUGGACCCACACGGACAAGAUGGAGAAGAGACUGCACGCCGUCCCCGCGGCCAACACCGUGAAGUUCCGCUGUGCGGCCGGCGGCAGCCCCACCCCCACCCUGAGGUGGCUGAAAAACGGCAAGGAAUUCAAGCAGGAGCACCGCAUCGGGGGCUAUAAGGUCCGCACUCAGCACUGGAGCCUGAUCAUGGAGAGCGUGGUCCCGUCGGACAAGGGCAACUACACCUGCGUGGUGGAGAACGAGUACGGGUCCAUCAACCACACGUACCACCUCGACGUCGUCGAGCGAUCGCCACACCGGCCCAUCCUCCAAGCUGGGCUGCCUGCGAAUGCUUCCACGGUGGUCGGAGGGGACGUGGAGUUCGUCUGCAAAGUUUACAGUGAUGCCCAGCCCCACAUCCAGUGGAUCAAGCACGUUGAAAAGAACGGCAGUAAAUACGGGCCCGACGGGCUGCCGUACCUCAAAGUUCUGAAGCACUCGGGGAUAAAUAAUUCCAAUGCAGAAGUGCUGGCUCUGUUCAAUGUGACUGAGGCGGAUGCUGGGGAAUAUAUAUGUAAGGUCUCCAAUUAUAUAGGGCAGGCCAACCAGUCUGCCUGGCUCACUGUCCUGCCCAAACAGCAAGCUCCCGUAAGAGAAAAAGAGAUUACCGCUUCCCCAGAUUACCUGGAGAUAGCCAUUUACUGCAUAGGGGUCUUCUUAAUCGCCUGCAUGGUGGUGACCGUCAUCCUGUGCCGAAUGAAGACCACCACCAAGAAGCCGGACUUCAGCAGCCAGCCGGCUGUGCACAAGCUGACCAAGCGCAUCCCCCUGCGGAGACAGGUAACAGUUUCGGCCGAGUCUAGCUCCUCCAUGAACUCCAACACCCCACUCGUGAGGAUAACGACGCGCCUCUCCUCCACAGCGGACACCCCGAUGCUGGCAGGGGUCUCUGAGUACGAACUGCCAGAGGACCCGAAAUGGGAGUUCCCCCGAGAGAAACUGACGCUGGGCAAGCCCCUGGGAGAAGGUUGCUUUGGGCAAGUGGUCAUGGCUGAAGCCGUGGGAAUCGACAAGGACAAACCCAAGGAGGCGGUCACGGUGGCUGUGAAGAUGUUGAAAGACGAUGCCACAGAGAAAGAUCUUUCCGAUCUGGUGUCGGAGAUGGAGAUGAUGAAGAUGAUUGGAAAACACAAGAACAUCAUCAACCUUCUGGGAGCCUGCACCCAGGAUGGGCCCCUCUAUGUCAUAGUUGAGUACGCUUCCAAAGGCAACCUCCGGGAAUACCUCCGGGCCCGGCGGCCACCGGGCAUGGAGUACUCCUACGACAUCAACCGGGUUCCCGAGGAGCAGAUGACGUUCAAAGACUUGGUAUCCUGCACCUAUCAGCUGGCCAGGGGCAUGGAGUACUUGGCUUCCCAAAAAUGUAUCCACCGGGAUUUAGCAGCCAGAAAUGUGCUGGUAACAGAGAACAACGUGAUGAAAAUAGCAGACUUUGGACUGGCCAGAGAUAUCAACAACAUAGACUAUUACAAAAAGACCACAAAUGGGCGACUUCCGGUUAAGUGGAUGGCUCCCGAAGCCCUUUUUGACAGAGUAUACACACAUCAGAGUGACGUCUGGUCCUUCGGGGUGUUAAUGUGGGAGAUCUUCACUUUAGGGGGGUCGCCCUACCCAGGGAUUCCCGUGGAGGAACUUUUUAAGCUGCUGAAGGAAGGGCACCGGAUGGAUAAGCCGGCCAACUGCACCAAUGAGCUGUAUAUGAUGAUGAGGGACUGCUGGCAUGCCGUGCCUUCCCAGAGACCAACGUUCAAGCAGUUGGUAGAAGACUUGGACCGGAUUCUAACUCUCACCACCAAUGAGGAAUACUUGGACCUCACUCAGCCUCUCGAACAGUAUUCUCCUAGCUACCCCGACACAAGGAGCUCUUGUUCUUCAGGAGAUGACUCUGUAUUUUCUCCGGACCCCAUGCCUUACGAACCCUGCCUGCCUCAGUUUCCACACAUAAAUGGCAGCAUUAAAACAUGAGCGAAUGUGUUUUCCUGCCCCCCCCCCCACCCCCAGCCAGGAACCUACCUACACUGAGCACGGAGGCCAGGCCUCCCCGAGCCUGCCGCCUCCACUUGUAUAUAUGGAUCAGAGGAGUCAAGAAUUGGAAACGUAAUGGGCACACGUGGAAAGGGUUAUACAGUUGAAAACUUGUCGUCUUUCGUCAGGAGAACGUUUCCGGAGCAGUGGACAGACGCCAUGUUACCGCCCUCUGACCCGCCCCAGAGACUGGCUGCGACCCAGUCGGACUCAAGGCAGACACCUGUUCUGCCUUCCUUGUUAAUUUUGUAAUAAUUGGAGAAAAUAUAUUUCAGCACACCCUUACAGAGCACAAAAUGCAGUAUAUAGGUGCUGGAUGUAUGUAAAUAUAUUCAAAUUAUGUAUAAAUAUAUAUUAUAUAUUUACAAGGAAUUAUUUUUUGUAUUGAUUUUAAAUGGAUGUCCCAAUGCACCUAGAAAAUUGGUUUCUCUCUCUUUUUUUUUUUUAAAUAGCUAUUUGCUAAUUGCUGUUUUUAGACAGAAUUUCUUAAUUUUCACCUAGCAGAGGUGGGAAAAAAUACUUUUGCUUUCAGGGAAAAUGGUAUAACAUUAAUUUAUUAAUGAAUUGGUAAUAUACAAAACAAUUAAUCAUUUAUAGUUUUUUUGUAAUUUAAGUGGCAUUUGUAUGCAGGCAGCACAAAAGACUAAUUAAUCUAUGGCUGGAACUUAACUAGUUGUCAGAUCCUUUGAGAGGAGAAAGAUUUAGAAUAUAUGACUAAUUUGGGGGGAAAUGGAGUUUUGAUUUAUUUGUGUUUAAACUCUGCUGUCAGAUGAUUGUGCUUAAACAUCCUACAUGCCCGUGUUACAGGAACCCGUUUCUAGGAGCGUGUUUGGUUUUGGUAUGCAGCUUGGUCUUUGGGCCAGAGCAACCAAGACUCAAGUGACACCAGUGUCCUCAUUCAAAGAUGCCUUAAUCCAGUCUUUGAGGACAGACCUCCGGGAAACAACAGCAGAAUGGGUUCUGCCGGGCAGCUGGCUUUCUGCCCUUGAAUUGUGCAUUUCCCAGAUUAGUCUGUGUUUUCUUCCAUGGAUUUUGAUCACAGCUUCCAAGUUCUUUGGCCUCAGAUGUCAGCCUUUGGCGAUUUCCAAGCCCUAUCAGAAAGUUGAAGGGAAAGGGUCGUUCUGCUGAGAAUAUGGAGAAUCCUUCUCUCUUCCUAUGGGAUUGAUUGCUUCUGUCUACUUUUGAGGAGACCUCACCGAAAGAUCUGGCCUGAUACCAACAUCAGCCAAAGUAUCGCCAUGUCGUGAAUUCCGUAUUAACAUCUGGUUUGCCUUUGGAAACACCUACUCACUUUGCUAUAGCCACGCUACGUGAAUGCAGAUUACACUGAUUUUACGUGUUACAAAAUUGGAGAAAGUAUUUAAUAAAGCCUGUUAAUUUUUAUACUGACAAUAAAAAAUGUUUCUACAGAUAUUAAUGUUAACAGGACCGAAAUAAAUGUCACGCAGCUUAUUUUUUUAA